AACUGAGGCUAAUUUUUUCUCAAAAGGUCCGCCACCACCACCGCCAUCACAGCCGUUCUGUGGCACGCCAUUUCUGGGAAAAGAUGGGAAUAAACUCCCAAAACUGAAACCUCUCCACUGGGACAAAGUAAGAGCUCCACCUAAUCGUUCGACAGUAUGGGACCAGCUCCAACCUAGCUCAUUUGAAUUUGAUGAGGAAAAGAUGGAGUCGCUUUUCGGUUAUGACAACCUACAAAACUUUAUCAACGAGGAUGCUAAAAGCAAAUCUUCAUCUCCGAGGAAACAUGUUCUCGAGCCGAAGAGAUUACAGAAUAUAACCAUACUUUCAAAAGGUUUGAACGUCACUUCAGACCAAGUUUGUGAGGCUUUAUUAAAAGGAAAGGGGCUUUCUCUGAGAGAAUUGGAGGCAUUGGCAAAAAUGGUACCAAACAAGGAAGAAGAAGCCAAACUGAGAAGUUACAAAGGAAAAAUAAAUGAAUUAGGAUCAGGGGAGAAGUUUGUCAAGGCAAUGUUAGGGGUGCCAUUCGCUUUCGAGAGAGUUGAAGCCAUGCUUUAUCAAGAAACUUUCAGUGAUGAAGUUCUUCAUCUCCGAAAAUCUUUCUCAACGCUUGAGGAGGCAUGCAAGGAGCUGAGAUCGAGCAGGCUCUUCCUAAAGUUACUGGAAGCAGUCCUAAAAACCGGAAACAGAAUGAACGUAGGGACGACACGAGGCGGAGCAAGAUCAUUCAAACUAGAUGCUCUCCUGAAGCUGGCUGAUGUGAAAGGAACUGAUGGCAAAACCACACUCCUCCAUUUCGUCGUCCAGGAAAUCAUCCGCUCCGAAGGCCUCAAAGUCUCUCAGAGUAUAAUGGGAAAGAUUGAACCCACUGACUACAGGAAGAUGGGUCUGGAUCUAGUCUCCAGCCUCAGUAAUGAGCUCUGUAAUGUGAAGAAGACUGCCACCAGCGUUGACAUAGACGUGCUCGCUAAUUCUGUCCUUAACCUUUCCGUCGGAUUGGAAAACAUAAAGAGGCUCUUGAAUAAGGACUUGGUAGGUGUGGAGGAAAAAGAUGGCAUCUUUCUGCAGUCUAUGGGGUUGUUCUUGAGUAAUGCAGAGAGGCUGUUGAAGGACUUGAAAGAAGAUGAGGAGAGGGUGCUGUUGAGGGUGAGGGAGAUCAGGGAGUAUUUCCAUGGAGAUGUGAGGGGAGAUGAAUCAAGCCCCUUGAGGAUUUUCAUGAUUGUCAGAGAUUUCUUGGGUAUGUUAGAUCAUGUUUGUAAAGAGCUUAGAAACUCAAAACCUUCAACUGCUCAUCCUAACCCUUUAUUAUUAUCUCCAUUCAGGUAGUGCCUGAUGUAGUUAGUUUGGGCUGGUUUUGUCAAUAAUUUAUUCCUUUUUUUAUGUGUCGGUUGUGUAUAUUUAUAUUAAUCAGGUGAUGUUUAUUAACACUAAAUUAAAGAUGUUUUCAUUUAAAC